UGUUAAGACAACUCAAUGAUGAUGAAGAACGUCAACAAGGCGACGCCUGAGUAUGCGACAUCUGAAACUUUGGUGUGGUGGGACAUGGACAGCUGUCCGCUCCCUAAUGGUUAUGACCCGAGUCGGCUCGGUCCGAGAAUAGAUACGGAGUUGAAGAAUCUAGGCUACAAUGGUCCGCUCACCAUCAUUGCCGUUGGCAACGUGGACGGGAUCCCUUAUGACUUCCUGAAAGUGCUCUCUUCCAACGGAUUCGUUAUUAAACACUCAGGACAAGACAUUCAUGGGGAUAUGCGCGAAUAUUUCAUUUCGCGUAGCAGACUUUGUCAGCCUCCUCCGGUGACAAUAAUGAUCAUAUCCGGCCUUCCUCUUCUACUGGAAUCAGUCACUAGAGAGAUUUACGUGAGGCCUGACUGUGGAUACAAUCUUCUUCUGGCAUAUCCACCGCAUAGUGAACCUAAACAACCACAUCCUUCAUGGCUCUGGGAUAGGGCUAGCUUACUGAAAGGGUCCUCCAACGUGGAGAAAAGAAGACUCGACAAAGGCAGUGUAAUUCCGUUUUCUUGCGGAUUAUGCUACUUUUUCUGCCCCAGCUUUGAACACCAGUCACCUCCAGAGCGCCAAGCAUGCACGCAAGGUAAGCAUCCUCUUUGCAAUAUUGUAUCAUUGCUUUACAUUUUUUAAUUGUCUCUCUUUUCC